AUGCCAGUGCAGCAUAGUAUCCUUCAGGAUAUUACUUCAAGCGACGCGCCAGCCGCUGCCCCUGCGGGGUUGCCAACGCUGGAAUCGAUAUUCACUCGAUCGGAGAACUUGAGAGGCAGCGACAGCCGUUCCGCUCCGUGCCUGCGUGUUGUUCUGGCAGCCUUCGCCUCUAUCAGCGCAGUUGUAUUGCUCGUGCUUUUUUGUUCGCGCGUCUACGGCAGACGGGCACUCCAGAGCAUUAGCAGGCGUAGGCUGGCCAGCCCUGAGGAUAGUGAUGAGGAAGUUGACGUUUGCGGGUUCUCUAGUGACGAAGACGAGGAGUCGCAGUACCGGAGACCACGUUUCAGUUUGCCUGCUGGAGAAGAGAAGCAUCUUCCCAUCAAAAAGAGACUGUUGACAAGAGCGGCGGAACCAGCCAUCCGUGGUACAAGGCGAAGCAUCUUCGUGGAGUUGCGGAAGCUGCAGCGGCAGAUGGGCUACUUGCAGCGGCGUAUGUACCUGCUGCAGCGGCAGCAGCGGCAGCAGCGGCAGCUGCAGCUUAAGAUGCGCCAGUUCCAGCAACAGAUGUACCUACCGCAGCACCACCAGACGAAGCAGAAGCGGCGGACUGGCGAGUUCCAGCAACAGAUGCACCUGCUGCAGCAGCAGCAGCAACGGCAACAGUGGCAGACGCCCAGGUAUGGGCAACACCGGCAACAACAACAGGACCAUUUCCAGCAGAUGCAGGAACAGCAUGAUCUGUACCAAGAGCGUCAGCACAUGUUUUGGGAGCAACGACAGCAGCAUUAUUUGCUCCAACCGCAGCAGCAGCCGGUAAUUCAAGAACAGGUGCAGCGGCGAGCGCAGCAGCAUUUGAUGCAGCAACAGGAGCAGCAGCAGCUGUUCGAGGUGCCAGAGCCGGAGCAUGUAACACGCGAUCAUGAACAGCAUCAGAACAUGCUACAGGACGAGCAGCAGGGGUCGUUGGAGGAGAUGCGUAAACAGCAGCGCGAUCAACGUAAGCCGUGUCGAGAACAACAAGAGGAACUGGAGCCACCCCCGAAAGAGCAGCGCCAGCUGUUGCAGCAUGCGGAUCCGCUCGCAGAAGAGUUGAUGGUAGACGAAUGGACUGAACCGGAGUCGCCGAGCUCUGAGGUGCCUCAGCCCAGCAUCUCUCAACAGGCAUUGCAGCCUCCUUCUGCUCCAGCAGCUUCAGGUCCCUCGAUAAACGAAUAUUUCCGCAUGCAGGUGACUCCUGGUUUCGUACUGGCUGCUCGUGACGCAUCACGUGCUGCUUCUUCACGAGCGUCAAGAGAUGAAGAUGCUGCAGCUUUUGCAGCAGGAGCUGCAGUAGCAAGCGCACCAGGCACCUCGCCCAGUGCUGGGAUGUCCUCUGCUGCAUCGGCGAAAAACGUAGGCGUCACCCGCUCGGAAACACCGACACUGAGUAGUUUGUUGGUUCGCCAGAGAAGUGAAGGUGUAAUAACAGCCUCAGCUGCUAGACGAGCAGCAGCAACUGCUAUAAGAGCAGCGGCAGCUGGCGGAACAGCAGCAGGAGCUAGUGGAACAGUAGCAGAAGCUGGUGAAGCGGAAACAACAGUUGCUGGAACAGGAGCAGCAGCCGCAGGAAAAGGGGCAAAAGCUGCUGAAGCAGGAGCUUCAGCAAUUUCUCAUUUGCUGGAGACGCCACCGGCUACUAUGCUGGAACACCCGUUCGUGCGGCAGGACCUCACGAAAGACUUCGCCUGUCGUGCAGUUGUGCGACUGGGGAUUCGUUUCCUCGUGCUGGAUGCUAUUGUGUCCAUCUUCUCAGUUCUCGAACAGACGCCAGAGGAAAAGCAUUGGAAGCUCGUAGCAGAUGCUGUUAGCCACGCCGUGCCGGAUGCCAUCCAAAAGUCCAACGUCUUAGAGCUGACCAAUUUCUCCCUAUCAUUAUGUCAGAAGCUCAGCAGUGCAAUACAAAUACUCAAGACGGGAAGAAGGCCGGUUGCUGCAGAACUCAUCAGGAUCAAGCAAAUGCUGUUCUGCUCACCUCUUUCGCCGCGGCGUUUCAGGAAUAACGAUUUUGAUGCCUGGAGGCGGCAAUGCGACGGUCGCAUCGAUGGGCCGUAG